ACAUGGCGUAACUUAGCUAGCACAUCUUGUUAUUUGUCAGAUGAACACCAACUUCCACAUGAAAAAACGUUGAAAAAUUUGUAUUAACGUUACGUUAAGAUGAAAUAAUGCUUACCAUGGGGUUUGACGGUAGCAACGAAGCAGUCUCCAUCCUAACCCUUCAUAGACUGAUAUGACGGACCUACUGCGGCUGGUGCCAGAAGCGGACACACGGACUUUACCUACUCUUUCCCGGCUCUCUGAAAACGAUAUCAACAGUAUUUGGGCUGAUAUGUCCACCUACAUUGAACGUCAGAUGACCUUACAGAAGGGGGUCCACCUGGCAGGACUGGGGACCUUUACCUUCUCUCAGCAGAAGUUGGACAUAGGAAACAAGUUCACAAUGAUCCAAAGACCCAUCUUUCUCCUGGCCGGGAAACUAGUCCAGUCUCUGGGUUUAAAGCAGCUCAGGCCGCUGGCUGCAGCAACACACCUACCAGUUGUACAACUGAACUUUGCAGCUGUGUCACAAGAUACUCCUUUCAGUCGCGACGUAGUGGAGGGCUGCAUUAGAGAAACUCUUCUUCUCCUCUUCAGAGCUUUGGCCUCUGAACAAAAUAUAUUCCUCACCUUCCAGGGAAUUGGAGUUUUAUCGUUCAAGAACAACAAGGUACGGAUGAAGUUCAACAGAGAAUUUAUUAAUGCCAUGGAUGGAACUGGUCGGCUGCUGUUAGCCUUUAACAAUAGACCUGGGAGCAGUGUCUCUUUACUGUCUGGUGGCCUGUCCAGGCUGCAGAGGCCACAGACUGCCAACCCUGUCGCCUUGCCAACUGUCUGCUCUCCUCAGCUAGACAACAAAGCUGGUGACAAGCACCAUAGAUCUUUGUCUCCAGACCAGAGGAAUGCAGGAAGUGAAAGAGCUUUUUGCACUAAAUUAGAAGUUCCCCAACAGAGAGAAUCUAAAUCUAAUCAGCCACUGCAGCCUGCCAAGAUGAAAGCUGUCAGCCUGUCUGAAAACCUGAAUCCAAAACCCCCCAUGGAGGCCACAGACAAGCCUACCACCUCCAUCACACCACCAGAGGCCACUCCCAAACUAGAGGAACCUCGCAUGAACGUUAGCUGCUCUGGCCACACCCGUGCUGGACAGGAACUGUGCUACCUGUGUAUGCAGCGGGCACAAAGAAACGUUCCAGUCUAUCUGAGGGAGCAGCGGCAGGCAGAGGAGAAAGCGUACGAGAAACUCUUACUGCUUGGAGAACAGCAGAGAGACAAGCAGUACAUUGACGAAGAUCAGGAAAAGCUGAAUGAGCAACGUGAGCAUGCAAAGCAGGUGGCUACAUUCAACCUGAAAAUGUCAGAGAAGAAAGAGAAAACGUACUGUCCUCUCUUGCCUAACUCAUUUGUCUUCCCGGCUCGGCCCUUCACUCCUGCCAGGAGGAUCCAGCAGCAUCGCUACAUGAACGAGCUACAGAGCCAGAUAGAGACACGGCGGCAACACGAUGUUCAAGACCAGCAGAACCGUCUCCUCAUGGAGCGUCUAGACCAGGUCCAGCUGGUCCAGGAGAUAGCUUUGCAAAAGGCUCAGCAGCUCCAGCAGAAACACAAGAGAACUGUGCAUUACAAGAGGGCUCUGGACACUCAGGUGGGAGAUAAGAAGUGCACAGACCCUCCAGAGUGCCAGCAUGACAACUCCGGGUUUAACCGCUGUGAGACAGCAGCCAAUAACGCAGAGAGCCGACAGAGGGCCCAGAAGCUCUUCCAGGUAAAUUCCAGCGCUGCCACUCAGAGGAAGAAAGAAGAACUGCACAACCGCCGAGAACAGCUGGAGAAAGAGAGAGAAGUUCUCAAACACAACAAAAUGGAGUUAAUAUUGGACCGCAUUAGUCGCUUUGAGAAGAAGCAGGACAUCAGUAAGUCACUGGAGGACGAGUGGAGUCGUAGUGUGAAGCUCAAACACCAGCGAGAGGAUGAGGAGAGGCACUUCCUGAGGUCUGCUGGUCAACUCCUGGUUGAUAAGCUUGAGCAGUACAGGCGCUGCUGCCAGUGUAAGAGGAGGACCACCAACUGUGGAGAGACCAACAUCUGGAAAGACUCCUAUUAUCUUUCUGGCUCACAGUUCAUGAUCUGAUGAAAAGUGUAGCCUAGAGCAGCACUUAAACAUCAAUCCCUAAACAAGACCUCAGCCUUUGUAACUCAUCAUGUGACUAAAGAUACUUGGAUGUUUUGGUGUGCAGCAUGCACUAUCCUCUGUUUUAAUGUGAGAUUUCUUCUUGCUCCUUUCAUCAAUUAGUCUUCUGAGUUCAUGUUUGUUGUACUUUGUAUUUUUCCUAGAAUAUGGUUGUUUUUGGUAUUUAUAUAUCCCAAGUUUGCAUGUUACAAUAAUACUCACCCGUACAAAAUGUUGGUAAUAUUCACAGACAGGAUUUUACAACUCUGGAAAGUUAUCACAGUGGCAACUAUUUUAUCUUUCGUUGUUUAAUAGUGUUAAAAAUUUGCUGAUGGCAGCUUAUUUUCAAUCCAUUCAGAAACCACCUAAUAUGGCAAUGGCCUACUUCACCCUAGCAACCACCUACUAACACCAUUGCAACCAGCAGAAACACCUUAUCAACCAUAUUAAAGUCCCACAGUAACCUCCUGGAACACCCUACCAAUCAUCUUAAACAUCUCAGCAGCCACGUAUUAAUACAAUAGCAACCACACCAAACACCAUAGCAACCACCUAGAUGCAAUCUGGUGACACUUACAGUACCCAACACUUUGGAAUAAACAGCAGCACAUUAACAGUUACUCAGCAAUGAAAUAGCAAUGCCCUGUCUGUUAUUCACCCAGCGUGCACUCUGUAUGCCCUUUGAGAAGAAUUUGUGAUUUUGGGUUACAGAAAUAAAACCUACUUGACCCCUUUGA